AUGGGCUCCAGCUCCUCCUCCUAUGCUCCCAAAACCAUUUACCUGGACGUGGAUGGUAAGGUUCAGAAGGUGGUUUUUAGUCGGCACUGCAGUCCAUGUGACAUCAAAGAGCUUCUGUGUUCCUCCUCUAACAUUCCCAGGAACACAGCCAUAAUGAUGGUGGACCCUGAAGGUGCCUUGGUUUCCAUAGAUCCAACCAUGCCAACCAACUCACCAAACUCCUUGUACAAAAUUGUCCCUCUGUCCACGGCUCAACUGGGAGAGAAGGAGGACAUGUUUCAAAACGUGUUGUCUCAGGUGGCUGAGCAGUUCAGCAGAGCAUUUCGCAUCAAUGAGUUAAAAACAGAGGUUACCAACAGGCUAGCCAUGCUGGAGAAGAGAGUGGAAUUGGAGGGCUUGAAAGUGGUGGAGAUUGAGAAGUGUAAAAAUGACCUGAAGAAGCUUCGGGAUGAAAUGACCUCAAGAGUCGGUGGCAGAGUGAACUGUCCUUGUAAAUACAACUUCUCAGAUGAUGGGAAAAAACUCACUCCUAGACGAGAUGUCCCCAGUUACCCGAAGUACACCUUGUCUCAGGAAACCAUUGAGGCACUGAAGAAACCGACAUUUGAUGUCUGGCACUGGGAGCAUAAUGAGAUGCUGAGCUGUCUUGAGUACAUGUACCACGACUUGGGACUGGUGAAGGAAUUCAACAUGAACCCCAUCACACUCAAACGCUGGCUGCUGGGCAUUCAAGAGAACUAUCGUAGUAACCCAUUCCACAACUUCCGCCACUGCUUUUGUGUCAGCCAGAUGAUGUAUGGCAUGAUCCACCUCUGCAAUCUACAGGAGAAGUUAACUCUGACAGACAUGGGUAUUCUAAUGACAGCUGCAGUGUGUCACGACCUGGACCACCCUGGCUACAACAACACGUACCAGAUCAAUGCCCGCACAGAGCUGGCUGUGCGGUACAACGACAUCUCUCCUCUGGAAAACCAUCACUGUGCCGUGGCCUUCCAGAUCCUCUCUUUGCCUGAGUGCAACAUCUUUGCAAAUGUGGAUCCGGAGGCAUUCAAACAGAUUAGACAGGCAAUUAUCACACUCAUUUUGGCCACUGACAUGGCCAGGCAUGGGGAGAUACUUGACUCCUUCAAACAAAAAGUAGACAACUUUGACUUCACCAAUGAGGAGCAUGUCACGUGUCUUAAGAUGGUUUUGAUCAAGUGCUGUGACAUUUCCAAUGAGGUGAGGCCCACAGAGGUGGCUGAGCCAUGGGUGGACUGCCUUCUGGAAGAGUACUUUAUGCAGAGUGACAGGGAGAAGUCUGAGGGUCUCCCCGUGGCACCCUUCAUGGACAGAGAUAAAGUCACCAAACCCACUGCUCAGAUUGGAUUCAUCAAGUUUGUCCUAAUCCCAAUGUUUGAAACUGUCAUGAAGCUUUUUCCUCAGAUUGAGGAGAUCAUGGUUCAGCCUUUGAGAGACUCUCGUGAUCACUAUGAAGAGCUGAAGCAGAUCGAUGAUGCCAUGACAGAGGCACAGAAGAAAAAAACUGAAAAUAUGUCAUUAGGCGGGAAGAAGAAGUAA